AUUCUCAUCACUAGUUGUGAAUUUGUUAAAGCGUUCGGUUCGCAUCCGUGUGUUUUUGGCUUACAAAAGAUUAGCAAUAAAAAAUAUUGCGAGCAAUAAAAAGAAGCUGUGACGCCGAAGUCGACUUCAGCUUACGCUCUCGCCCACUAAAAACAGGAUAAAGUUUAAGGCGUGGCACCACCGCCAACCCACAAAGAUGGCACUAAAAUAACAGCAGACGACGUCCAAAAUUAAAUAAAAACAACACAAAAAGGAAAACUAAAGCAAAGGUUACUCUACAUAAAAGGAGAAAAAGUAAAAGUAAAAGUUUUUAACAAAAACGUCGAAGCAGACAGACAUCGAGUGGUCGCCCCGAGUCGCUUAUAGGAUAUUGCAGACCAAUUUCACCUUCCCCGUUAGUGGCAGCGGAAAAUAGCCACGGAUUGUUAGACAGAAUUUUAUGACACUUCUUGGGCCUAGCGCCCCUGGCAUGGCCUUUAUGAUGAAAAAGAAGAAGUACAAGUUCAACGUGGAAGUGCAGCUGCAGGAUUUGGUCGAAGUGGCCCUGGUUAAUGAGGUCCUUUUCGCCAAAAUACGUCUACUGGAUGGGGGUUCCUUUCAGGAGUACAGCAGUCGGGAAGAGGUGCGCAACCAUCGGGUUGAAUGGAAUCGCAGCUUCGAGUUCCCCUGCAAAAUGAGUGCAAAUGCUUCGACUGGCGUCCUUGAUCCCUGUCAUUUGCGCAUAUCCAUACGCAAAGAGAUGAAGGGCGGACGCAGCUAUUACAAACUAGGUUUUAUUGAUCUAAAUCUUGCCGAAUUCGCCGGCGCUGGCCUCACCUCACGUCGCUUUCUACUCGAGGGCUACGAUUCGCGCCAUCGCCUGGACAAUUCCAUGCUGAGAGUAAGCAUUAAAAUGCACAUGCUGAGCGGUGAUAUACUCUUCAAGGCUCCCACACCCAACUUGAAGAGCAAACAGAACAAACCAUCCACAGACGAUUUGGCCAAUGCCGCCACUGGAGUUGGUCUACAGACGCCAACGGCAACGGCAAUGCCCAGCAUAGGUAGCGGCAGUGGAGGUACAGCCAUCCCCCUGGGCGGAAGUGGAGCCACAUUGGGUGGCGUAUCCAGUUUACAAUCGGUGCCUGGCACAAGACCAGUAUCUGCCGUAAGGGAAGAGGAACUGGAUGCACAGGCUCUGAUUUCGGCGAUUGUGACAGAUUCUGGCCUCUCGGAGUCUUCAGAGUCGGCAGUCACCCUGACUACGGAUAAUCUACAGCAGCAUGCCGCCUCUUCCUAUUCGAAUGCUACAACGCCACUGUCCCAGGCACAAGCCCCACCGGGAUUGGGCAUCAUUGGUAGCAAUAAUUAUGGUACCACGGGAAUGACAGUUGGUGGCAGUGGCAGUGGCGGUGGCGGUGGGGGCAGCAGCAAUAUUAACACAGCCACCUUAAUGGAAAUGGGUCAUUCCAGGAAUUCCAGUAAUACUAGUCAAAUGUCAAAGGGUUCGGGUUACAGUAGUUUUUCGCACAGUCAACAUUCGAGGCAAAGUUCCGAGGGGGACUCGGGGCAUGCUAGUCGAUUUAGAAAAUCCGUUUCUCUACUUAAUAGACUCAAUCAGAGAGCAAUUAAUGCCAUGAAAUUGAGCAUACCAAGUAUGCGUCAUCGUCAGCAGCAGCAGCAGGAGCAAGAGCACGAGCAUGACAAGGACCCACCUCUCAUAAUGGGCACAGCCAGCAGCCAUCACCACCACCAACAUCAUACGCAAACAAAUCUGAGUCUGACCACUACCAUUGAGUAUGUGAGCGAAGAGAUGCUCUAUCAGACUCCAAAUGCCACAAUGAGUGUUGGCAGCGAGCAGGUGAAUUUCGAGGACUUCCGCACACCGCUGGCAGAGAUGCCUAUGCCACAAUUGCUAGCCCAUCCCCAAUCUGGUGGAUUGACGCCCUGCUCGACAUAUCGCAGUGCCGGAUCCCCAUCGCAUGCCGCGUCACAGUAUUACGAUAGUGGAGAGACAAGUGAAGCCGAUGAGUACCUGAACGAGGACUCGGCUGACAACGAUUCAGGACUCGAAGAAAACUAUCACACGCCCCGGGUGGCCAAAAUAAAAUCCAUGGAGAAUCUGUCCAUAUUGGAGAUGGAAUUUCACAAGGCAUCCAUGGAACUAGAUCGCAAUUCGCCACGUCGCCUCAAACAAUUGGCGGAACACGCUCAAAUACCCAAAAUGAAAUCCCUUAACAAUCUCUGCUUCGACGACUAUUCCGAGCAGGCAGUGCGCGAGGAGUUUCAGCGCAUACGCGAGCAAUCCCUGGAGGAACGUUUGCGUUUCCAGCAGCAUCACCAUUUGAGCUACGGCCUACGCAAAAAUUCGACGGCAUCAAAUGGCUCCUCUGGUAAAUUAUUUGUGAAGCACCAGCAGAGUCACCAAAGUCAUCAUCACCACCAUCAGGGAAAGGUGGGCAAUGCCAAGUUCAUAGGACAAGAUGGGAAUGACAGUCCACAGACGACGACGACGACACCACACUAUCCCAUUCAAAAGAUGCGUUCCAUGGGCACGAUCCCCGAUGUGGUUAGCGAACGAAUCGAAGCCGAUCCGUUCCUCACGCCCACAAGCGAAAGGAGACCCAGCUUUCCCCGACUGAUACAGUCGGCGGAGAAACCCGCUCUGGGAUCUAGUUAUGUGAACCGUUUGCUCACCUACGAUGUAGUCGAUUCGCCAGCUGUGGAUUCCUUUUCCAACUCGGUGGCAUUUAUGUCGCGAACCCCCUUCGAGCGAGCCUAUCGGCGUAGUAUGUUGCACAACACUGCCUCCACACCGCUUCAGGCUACCCAAGAGGCUUUUGUAGUCCGGCCACAUUCCACGAAUGCUGCCUACGAGCUAAUGAGAAGUUUAAGUGGUGUUCCCCGGCGCCUUUUCGAUGCCAGUGGCAGCAACCAGGGAAGCAACAGUGUCUGCAAUAGCAGUAGCAGGUCGCAGCCAGGAGUCGGAAACGCAGGCUCGACCCUGGCCACAACCGGAACUUCCUAUGUGCUAGUCUCGAAUUCGUCUCCAUGCGGCACUUUGGCCAGCAUACACUCCAAUCAUUCGGCUUCCUCCUCAAACGGGAGCAACAGUAGCAGCAGCGGAGCUGUGAUUACCUUCCAGUGCAAUUCCGCUAGCGGGGGCCACGAUACCGCAGAUGGGCCAGCCGGUGUGUAUCCAUCUCAGCAGCAGCAGCAGCAGGUGAUGACAGUCGGUUCCCCCAAUGGCCAUGGCAACAGCCCUCGGUUGGGCAAUGUAAUGUCCGGAGAUGCCCUUAGUUCCUUGGCCGCCAGUCCGACAGACGCCUGUAGUAUACGCUCAAAUCCGUCGGCUGCCUCGCUGCUGCUCUCUACCUCGGCUGCGGCAGCAGAGGCCUCGGCUCUGACCUCGGCAACCACGAUGUCGAUAUCGGGGGCAACGUUGUCACCACUGGCCACUACGCAGAUCAUACGGCGCCCUAGCAUCACCAUGAUGAAUCCCAGUUCCGGUUCGUUAGUCAUAAGUGAAACAGGAUCUCUAGAUCGCACGAAAAGCAGCGGGGAAAAGCGCAAGAAAGGAGCCCUCGACGAUGGACCACGCGUCUCAGACAGGGUUGAAGAGACGCGAGUCAAUCCCAAUUCACUGAUCGAUGAGAUUUUGAAGGACACGAAACUGGAUCAGCUCGAGGAGUCGGCAGAAACCUCCGGACUGCAGCUGUAUAUAGCGCGCGAUGGAACCGCCUCCUUGGGUGGCCACGAGGUCAAGUCCAGUGUGCGGGCGGGCGCUCUGAAGCAAGUGGUUAUGCAAGAUCGAAGAUAAUAGUGCCCAAUCGAGCUGGAGCGUCUGGACUCGCAUCCGUUUUUGUAAAAUGUAAAAUGUGUAUUAGAAGACUAACGACGACAAUUUGAGCGGCAUUAGCGCAAAGUGUAACGGAACUAAAUAAUUUAAUUUAUAACAGUGUUUAAUUGCAAACUAAAAGUGAGAACAAUAUAUACAUAAAUACAUACAUACAUAUA